GCUUCAGGUGCAGCUGUACGGUCGCUGGGCGACGUGGACGGCACGUCAAAGCCACUGUUUGGGGAAUGCUAGCUAACGAGCUGAACUGGCUAGCACACAUUCCUGACGAAGAGGCUUUACCUUUAAUAAGUUCGCAUUUCGGCACAAAGACCUUUCGUCAAGGAUAUUAUACAUAUUUAUAUUAAAAACCCAGAGCUGCCAUAGCCGCCAUUUUGUAGGGUUCGCCUUGUGAGGUGAUGAGGCUGUGAGGAAGUUUCCGUGUGUGUGUGUGUGUGUGUGUGUGUGUGUGUGUGUGUGUGUGUGUGUGUGUGUGUGUGUGUGUGUGCGGCAGCUAUGGGUGCCAACACGAGCCAGGUGAGCGACCUGGCCGAAAGUCAGAGCAUCCGCACUCUGAUUGGUCCUGAGCCCAUUUCGGAGAACGAGCCUUUCUGGAACCAGCUCAUCUCGUUCACCUUCACCAGCCCCUCCUGCAGCGGCGAUGCUAAGCUCUUGGAGGAGGCGGUCAUCCCCCUCGCCAAAACCUUAAUCAAGAACAAUCCCAGAUCGGGAAACUUCAGCGCUUUGGUGAGAGUGUUCCUGGCCAGAACCAAAGAGCUGAAGAUCUCCACCGAAUGCCAAGAUCAGCUGUUCAUCUGGCAGGCCCACAACGCCCUGUUCCUGGUGCGCUGCCUGCUCAAAGUCUUCAUCCGAGAGAUGAACGAGGAAGAGCUGCUCUUACAGUUCACCUACCACAUGAGGGCGCCAGGAUCUUGCGACGCGAGCAGUGAAGAUCUGCUGGAGGAGCUGAUCUGCAACUUGGUUCAUCUCAUCGUGGAGGUUCCUCUCCUGGACAUCACCUACAACAUCCUGUUCGAGGCAGUGACCACCCUGCUGGUUCUGUUGUCCUAUCAACUGUUCCACAAGGACAUCCUGAGGGAGGGGCAUAUCUAUCGGUGCCUCACCAGGGGGCGAUGUCUGUCUCUGACGAGUCGCUUGGUGAAGACUCUGCUGUAUAAUUUCGUGCGGCAGGAGAAAUGUCCUCCCCCUUCAGCACAUGUCUUCCAGUCACAGGGAGACGGAGGAGGUCUGCUGUACGGCCUGGCCUCGGGGGUGGCCAGUGGAUUAUGGAGCGUGUUCACCCUGGGCGGAGCCGGGACCAAGCCGGGGGUGGAGCAGGAACACAACCAGUUACCGCUGUCCAAUCAGAGCCUGUUGUUGCUGCUCAUCCUGGCCAAUCUGACAGAUGGACCCGACUGGCCGAACCCUUACAGACAAGCCAUCACCUGCUUCAAAAACACACAAGAUACGUCCUCUACUCCAUCCCCGCAGCCUCACACGUUUCAGAUCAACUUCAACAGCCUGUACACAGCGCUGUGUGAGCAGCAGAGGUCCGACCAGGUGACUCUCCUGCUGUACACACUGCUGCACCAGAACUCCAACAUGAAGACCUACAUGCUGUCGAGAACUGACAUGGAGAACCUGGUGAUUCCGAUCCUGGAGAUCCUCUAUCACGUGGAGGAAAGAAAUUCUCAUCACGUGUACAUGGCCCUCAUCAUCCUCCUCAUCCUCACCGAGGACGACACCUUCAACCGAUCCAUACACGAAGUGACACUGAAGAACAUAAGCUGGUACACAGAGCGGGCUCUGACGGAGAUUUCUCUCGGCAGUCUGUUGAUCCUCGUGGUGAUUCGCACCAUCCAGUUCAACAUGACCCGCACCAGGGAUAAGUACCUGCACACCAACUGCCUAGCAGCUCUGGCCAACAUGUCCGCCCAAUUCCGCUGUCUUCACCAGUACGCCGCCCAGCGCAUCAUCAGUCUGUUCGCUCUGCUGUCGAAGAAGCACAAUAAGGUGCUGGAGCGAGCCACACAGUCCCUGCGGAGGCCACUAGGGGCAGAUGGCACGGCGCUACCCGAUUACGCACAGGAUCUCAGUGUGAUAGAGGAGGUGAUCCGCAUGCUGCUGGAGAUCAUAAACUCGUGUCUGUGCAACUCUCUGCAUCACAACCCCAACCUGGUGUACGCUCUGCUCUACAAGAGGGAACUGUUCGAGCAGUUCCGCUCGCAUCCGUCCUUCCAGGACAUCAUGCAGAACCUGGACACGGUGAUCGGCUUCUUCAGUCAGCGCUUGGAGCAGGCUGGAAGCGACCUAUCGGUAGAAAGAGUUCAAGAGGUCAUCAUGAAAGGAGUGGUGGCUCUGCCUAAGGAUCGCUUGAAGAAGUUUCCGGAGCUGAAGUUCAAAUACGUCGAGGAAGACCAGCCUGAGGAUUUCUUCAUCCCGUACGUGUGGUCUUUGGUGUUUAACUCUGGAGUGGGUCUUUAUUGGAACUCUCAAGGCAUCGAGCUUUUCAGCAUGGACUCAGCUUGAGAGAAAGACUGGUAAGUGUGUGUGUGUGUGUGUGUGUGUGUGAUAGCUUAGGGAAGGCUGGGAAAGGGAUUUGGUACGUUUAUUGCAGUUUAAGGGUCUAAAACACACACACACACACACAAACAUUGCGACUUCCUGGCUCACGUUACCAGACUCCCGGGCUUCCAGAAUAUCCAGCGUCUCCUCGCAUCACAGAGGAAGCGUCAAUCAAAACGCCGCUUCGUUACCGGACACACACAGUCACACGGGCCGCACUGAAUUCUGGGAAUGGUGCACUUGUGCUGUGAAGCACACUACACGCAUUUACCCCUGCUGUUAACCUUCUUGGGUUUUUCGGUCCUGAUUACAAUGUGAUAUGUAACUCUGUGUUUUUCCGUGGGUCAGGUGUCCGUUCAGGACCAUGGUCAGGUCCAGACCUUAUUUCUAGAUUUAAAGAAAAUGAAGAGAACAUUUCUAAAUUUCAGGCAGCGGUUCGGAUUUAUUUAUCAAAGUUCAACUUGCUUGUUUUUUUUUUUUUUUGUUGUUGUUGUUCUUUGUUUCUGUUAAAAUAUUUAUUGUCCCCCACCCCCCAUAUACAGCGGGGGUUUUUGUUGUUUUUAAAUGGUUUUCCUUCUGUAAAACGAGUACAGAAAAUGAAAAAUAUUUUAGAUACGUAUAAAUUCUAAUAAACGACCACAUGCAGUUUGUGUAUUCGUACAUAUUGUAUAGAUAAAUAAAUCCAUAAAGAGACGCAUGGACAAAACAAAUACAAACAGCAUGUUUGUGGCACAAUAUAUAAAAUAGUUUAUUUUUCUGUUCCUUUUUUUUUUUCUCCUCGUCUUCCCUGUUUUGUCUCCAUGAGGGUUUUGCGUUACUGUUUUCCGUAUGUACGUGGUUACACCAUGGGAAUAUCUUUUUUUUUUUUUUUUUUUUUUUUUUACAAAUUUGGUCGUCUUGUUGCAUCAGCAGUAUUUCAUCUAGGACAUUUUCAUUUAAAUAUAAAAUGCAGCUUAUGCUAAAAGGGCCGGAUUUUGCCGUCACUACAAUCGCUUUAUUUUCUGUCUUGGGGUUUGUCGUUACUUCAUCAUGAUCUCUUCCACUGCGCCGUUCAUUUUUGCUUAGAAGAUUAUUUGAGUGAUAUUUUUAUUUUUUUUUGUAAAGAGGAAUGUAACUCAUGGAUGAACUGAAGCUACAGAAUGUUACUGCACACUCAGGUAACAAAACUAUAAUAAAGAAUAAUAAUAAUAAUAAAAAUUAUUGUAUUUCA